AUGAUCCUGAAUUCCACUGAGGAGGGAGUCAUGCUGGCAGCUGGGGAUGGAGAGUGGGCUGUGACUUCUUACCGUGGUGUGGGGAUCCUGAGUGACCGACAGUUAUUUUCCCAGAGCCUGAUGCCGGAUGGCCAAGCCCACAUGGAGCCUCAGUAUGCAGAGGAGGGUCCAGGACGUGGGAUCUUCAGAGCAGAGCCAGGAGACCCACUGAGGAGGCCUGAGGCCCAGCAGCAGCCCACCUCUCGGGCGGGGCGCUGGUGCUCAAGGCGGUGCGGCUGCGUGGGGCUGGGCGCCCUGGCGCUGCUGGCUGGUGUGAGCGUCGGCUCAUGGCUUCUCGUGCUGUAUCUGUGGCCAGCCGCCUCUCAGCCAUCUCCCGGGAACUUGCAGGAUGAGGAGAUGCCUUUGAGCUGCUCAGAGGCCAGUGGUGAGGAAGCCCUGCUCCCUUCGCUUCCCAGAACAGUAUCUUUCAGAAUCAACCCUGAGGGCUUCUUGCUGGCAGUACAGGUGAGGCCAGACUGGCUCCUGGUCUGCCACGAGGGCUGGAGCUCUGCCCUGGGGCUGCGGAUCUGCCAGAGCCUGGGACAUCUCAGACUCACUCACUACAAGGGAGUGAACCUGUCUGACAUCCAGCUCAACAGCUCCCAGGGGUUUGCUCAGCUCUCUCCAGGUCUGGGAGGCUUCCUGGAGGAGGUGUGGCAGCCCAGGGACAGCUGCGCUUCUGGUCAAAUCGUUUCCCUCAGAUGCUCUGAGUGUGGGACGAGGCCCCUGGCUUCUCGGAUAGUUGGCGGUCAGACCGUGGCUCCCGGGCGCUGGCCCUGGCAGGCCAGUGUGGCCCUGGGCUCCCGGCACACGUGUGGGGGCUCUGUGCUGGCCCCACGCUGGGUGAUGACGGCCGCACACUGCAUGCACAGUUUUAGGCUGUCCCGGCUGUCCAGCUGGCGGGUGUACACGGGGCUGGUGAGCCACAGUGCCGUCAGGCCGCACCAGGGGGCUGUGGUGGAGAGGAUCAUCCCUCACCCCCUCUACAGCACCCAGAAUCACGACUACGACGUCGCCCUCCUCCAUCUCCGGACACCGCUCAACUUCUCAGACACCGUGGGUGCUGUGUGCCUGCCAGCUGAGAAGCAAGAUUUCCCAAGGGGCUCACAGUGCUGGGUGUCUGGCUGGGGCCACACCGACCCCAGCCACACCCACAACUCAGACACGCUGCAGGACACGGUGGUGCCCCUGCUGGGCACCCGGCUCUGCAACAGCUCCUGCAUGUACAGCGGGGCCCUUACCCCCCGCAUGCUGUGUGCCGGCUACGUGGACGGGAGGGCCGACGCGUGCCAGGGUGACAGCGGGGGCCCCCUGGUGUGCCUGGACGGGGGCACGUGGCACUUGGUGGGGGUGGUCAGCUGGGGCCGCGGCUGCGCGGAGCCCAAUCACCCUGGCGUCUACGCCAAGGUUGCCGAGUUCCUGGACUGGAUCCAUGACACUGUGAGGGCCCGCCAGAUGGAGGAGGAGCUGCAGACCCAGGUGCAGAAGGCACGGACCUCCUUUCGCACAAGACAGUCAUCGCCCGCAGGCCAGCCUCCGGGUCCGGGCCUCUCCUCUCAGGCCCUGAAGAUCCCAGGAUCUUUCAUCAAGCUACCAGUCAGAUCUGCAGACUCAGAGGCUCCCACCUGCUCUUCCUUUGUUGGCUGGCACCCGCCAAUCCAACUCUUAGGAAAACGAGGAGAAAGAGUGCCUGGGCUCUUUCUCCUGGGCCAGCUGCUGGAGUGCAGUGCUCCUGAGCUGGCCACAGGACCCCCUCUGCUCCCCAGCCUCUCCCCGUGCAUGAGGACGAGUAUCCAAUCGGGCUUAAAAGAAAGCUUCCCUGGUGACCCAGAGUUGGAGGAAGAGAAGGUUCCCGGGAAUUCUCGAGGUCUGGAUGGUUUUGUCAAGGCUGCAAGGUUAGCAGAUAGUGCCUUGGCCCUGAGGCCCUCGGAGCAAGUCUCCCACAGACCUGGCUGUCCGUUCUUCCCUACGGUGGUCCCUCAGAAGCCAGGACAGCCGUACCUCGCUUCACCUAAUGUUCUGGGCACACAGCCUGAUCCUCCCAGGUCCAGAAGCCCUCCUGCAAUUUGGGGGAGGCUAGGAAGGUGA